CCCAGGGGAGGGAGAACAGGUGCCCUGUCCCAAGAGACAGACCCCGUUGGUACCAGGAAUUACAAUUGGCCAGGACUCACAAUGAAGAUCUACCUAGCUUUGCUUUUUACAGGAACCUUCCUGUCUUCCACCAGCGCCCAAAAUGCUGCAGAAGAGGUCCUACCAGAAGUGGAAGAAGAAGAUCCCUUCUACAAGAGUCCACUUAACAGGCUUACCUCUUCGGCAUCCAACUUUGGAUAUGACCUAUAUCGUAUGCAAGCAAACAAGAAUCCCAACAGCAACAUCUUUAUUUCACCACUGAGCAUUGCUACUUCCCUGUCAAGUCUUUCCCUGGGGAGUGGGCAAAGAACCGAAUCCUUAAUCCAUCGUUCUCUCUACUAUGACCUUCUCAAUGAUCCUGAACUCCAUGCUACUUAUAAAGAACUGCUUGCAAGUCUUACUUCUCAUGGGAGUGGAUUGAAAAGCACAUGGCGAAUCAUGCUGGAGAGAAAGCUCAGGCUACGACUGGACUUCGUGACUCAGGUUGAGAAGUUCUAUGGAAACAAGCCAAGGAUUUUGACGGGAAACACUCGCCUGGACCUGCAGGAAGCCAACGACUUUGUACAGAAGCAGACUCAAGCCAAAGUUGUGAAGUUCUUUAAGGAGAUUCCAGCUGGUGUUAGCAUUCUGCUGCUUGGAACUUCUUACUUAAAAGGCCAGUGGGCGUACAAAUUUAAUCCUCGGGAAACUGUCCAGAGUGAAUUCCACCUAGAUGAACAGACAUCUGUCACUGUUCCAAUGAUGUCAUCUAAAAACCUUCCCGUGAGAUACGGCUUAGACUCCGACUUUAAUUGCAAGAUUGUUCAGCUUCCUCUCACUGGUGGGGUUAGUAUUAUGUUUUUCCUGCCAAACACAGUCACCCAGAACUUGACCAUGAUUGAAGAGGGCCUGACAUCCGAGUUCAUCCAUGACAUAGACCAGGCACUGCAGACUGUCAACAUGGAUCUAAGAAUCCCUAAACUGAAGUUGAACUAUGAAGUGGAGCUUAAAGAAGCACUGCAAGAAUCAAAGCUCCAAUCUCUUUUCUCCACUCCUGACUUCAGCAAAAUCUCUUCAAAGCCAUUAAAGCUCUCCCAUGUAGUACACAAAGCCACCUUGGAAUUGAACGAGGAUGGAGCAGAGACAGCGCCAAAAGCAGAGGCAAGCAGCCGCAAAUACUUUCCUUUGGAGUAUCACUUAGAUCAUCCUUUCUUGUUUGUUCUCCGUGCCAAUGACAACGGCGCUCUCCUCUUCAUUGGGAAAGUUAUGGACCCUAAGGGAUUUUCCUUCUAAUAAAUCAGUGCUGUGCUAUCUCCUUUUAAUGUUCUGAAUGACAGAGUGCAAUAAAUUGCUUUGCAAAAUAUUUCAAGUCCCUUCACGGCAACUGGAGCUACUGUACUACAGCCGACACCACCGCCUCAGUUGCCUGUACUCAAUUUCACUGUGUUCUUGAAUCAUUCUCCAGAAGAGUUUUCUUCCCAUAGACUUCUGAUUUGAUAUGAUAACUCACAAAAACUCAAGUGGUAUCUCAAAUGCAAUAACAUAGUAAGCAUAUCCCCAACCAAAUCCUACUGUCACUUUGGUAACACAAAUCAGGUCAGCCACACAAGAAAAAGUUCUUGGGCCACUUCAGCAUGGCCCAGGGCCAGAAUAUUUACAAUUUAGGUGGUUGGACAUCAUACAUGACUUGGGUAAAAAAACAAAAGCAUCCAUUUAUUUCACCAGCUUUCCUUGUGUACAUAAGGACAAACUAAAGAUUAAAACAGGUCUUGUCACAAAUACCUUUAAUGAUGGAAAAUUUUACAGAUUUAAUAGGUUCCACCGUGACUUAAAGAGAGGAUAAACACAUUUCAUAUAUAGGUGUGCUUCUCUAUAUAUGUAGCAUAUUGCUCUAUAUAGCCAACAAUAUAUAUGGGCACUUGCUUGCCCAAUAUUUUAUUCCUAAACCAAGCGUAUCAAUGUGCACAUGCUCCAUGUGGGUGAUUGGAAAGAAGAGGUGCUGAAGCAGUGCCUGACAAUCCUGCUACCCUAUUUGUAUUUUGUCAGGAACUCCCUGGUUGUGAACCAGGGACCUGUUGUAUUCUUGCCACUGAUCCUCACGCUUGAGCCACAGAAGGCACUAUGGUGACAGCCUGAUUCUGACAAAGUGCCUUCUGUUUUACUGCCUCCUUAUCAAUCUUCCCUGACACCAACCAUAUCCAGCUGCAGGCAGUUACUUUUUAAAGGGCUAUUAAGCCUGCUUCCCAGACUCCCUUGCUGGAUCAUUGUCCAACCUGCCUUAUCCCAACCUUGUGCCAUGUUAAUCUUGUUCCUGAAUUGUGCUCCUGAUCCUGUUCCAGUAACCCUGUUCAGUUCCUGCCAUCUUGGCUCUGUUCUCUCUGGUAUUCGAUCUCCCGUUUUUGACCUAGGCCUGUUAACGGACUCUGCAAGUCCUCUGCCUGUCUCGACCUUGGUCUGUCCCUGGUUUGUCUGCCGACUGCCCUUGACCUUUGGCCUGAACUUGGACUUUUUGCCUGCCCUCAUUUGUAUUUUGUGCAGAGGUUUGUACGGUUUUCUUUAUUAAACCAAAUAGUUACUCAGCA